AACUCCUCUCUUGACUCAGAACUCUGGUACUCAACAUCCUCUCUGAACAGCUUUCGCAGGUUUACUGAUGCUGAGAAGAGAACUCCAUUGCAUGCUGCUGCAUAUCUAGGAGAUGCUGAAAUUAUUGAACUCCUUAUUCUAUCAGGAGCUAGAGUUAAUGCCAAAGACAACAAAUGGUUGACUCCCCUGCAUCGUGCUGUUGCUUCAUGCAGUGAGGAUGCAGUUCAGGUGCUUUUAAAGCACUCAGCUGAUGUGAAUGCUCGUGACAAAAACUGGCAGACUCCUUUACACAUUGCUGCUGCAAACAAGGCUGUGAAGUGUGCUGAGGCUCUCGUUCCCCUUUUAAGUAAUGUAAAUGUCUCCGACCGAGCAGGGAGAACUGCUUUACACCAUGCUGCCUUCAGUGGACAUGUAGAGAUGGUUAGCUUGCUUCUAUCCCGAGGUGCCAACAUCAAUGCUUUUGAUAAGAAAGAUCGACGUGCAAUUCACUGGGCUGCGUACAUGGGCCACAAUGAAGUGAUCAAACUGCUGGUGGCACAUGGAGCUGAAGUAACGUGCAAGGAUAAGAAAGCUUAUACACCACUUCAUGCUGCAGCUUCCAGUGGAAUGCUCAGUGUAGUCAAGUACCUGUUAGAUCUUGGAGUUGAUGUGAGUUGA